AUGUCAUCAGGAUCAUACGAUUCAUCAAAAGAUGCAUCAUCGGGUAAUAACUCAUCAUACGAUUACAAUAAAUGGAAUAAACCAUCUGAAGUGAUUAUUUUUCCAACGCCGAUUCGACCAGCCGAUAGUGGUAUAUAUGCUCUCGAACAGAUGGGUGCAGCUAUGCGUAAUUCACCUAAUACAGUUCGAACUUACGUUCAAACAAACAUGGGCUAUGAUUAUAUGCAAUUGACGGAUCCAAACGCAACCAACAAUCCAUAUGGCUAUCGAUAUUAA